CUGUCAUCCUGUGUAGAGUGUUCAAGUAGUAACAAAAUGUCCUACUCCAUGCUAGUCUCAUUGGCCAUUUUAGGCUUUAAUCUUUUUUUGGCCACCCUGGUGGCUGGUCAUGGCCGUCUGAUGGAUCCACCCGCCCGUAAUGCCAUGUGGCGUUUUGGUUAUCCAAAUCCCGUGAAUUACAAUGACAAUGAACUGUUUUGUGGUGGCUAUGCCGUCCAAUGGGAACAAAAUCAGGGACGUUGUGGUGUAUGCGGUGAUGCGUAUCAUUUGAAAACACCACGGCCGCAUGAGGCCGGCGGCGAAUAUGCCAAGGGUAUUAUAUCGAAAUAUUAUACAGCGGGACAGGAAAUUGAUGUCGAAGUUGAGCUGACUGCCAACCAUUAUGGUCGCUUUGAAAUGUAUUUGUGUCCGAACAAUAAUCCCCGUAAAGAAGCCACCCAAGAAUGUUUUGAUCGUUAUCCCCUAUAUAUCUCUGGAAGUCGGGAACAUCGUUUCUUGAUACCACGUGAAGCUAAAAAGAAGGAUAUUUUCCGUUAUCGUGUUCGUUUGCCACCCUAUGUCACCUGUACCCAGUGUGUUUUGCAAUGGACCUAUUAUACGGCAAAUAUGUGGGGUACUUGUGCCAAUGGUACUGAGGCUGUGGGUUGUGGUAAAGCUGAAACCUUCCGUAACUGUGCUGAUAUUGCCAUUGUUUCCAACACUGGUGGUGGUCUGCCACCACUAUUCGUUAACAAAAAGAAUCCCUAUUUGCUGUACUACAGAGAUUAUAGAGCGCCUGAGGAUAAUAAUGUUUUCCCAUUGAUUGUAAGAGAUCAAAAGUGUAUUGCAUCUCCUGCCUUCCGUGCUUUGCCUGGUAUGGAUAAUUGGUGUGAAACUAAUUGUUUGCGUUAUCCACCCAAUUGUCCGGCAACGGCCUGUCAUUGCCCUCAAGAAUGUGUUGCCAUUGGUGAGUUGGCUGGUAAAGAAGGUACCGACACCUGGUGCAUGGACCAAUGUCUUAAUUAUGAUUCUCAGUGUCCAACUGAUAAAUGCCGCUGCUUCUAGAGACUU